CCAAUGGAGAACAGAGAAUUGACAGCGAGUUGAGGUCAUUUCUAAUGGCGUCUCCUUGGCUAUAAAUACUUCAAGUUUAGUUCCAAACUUGUUCUUUCCAUUCCAUAUUGAGUUUUAAAUAAAUUAUUUUAUUAACAAAAAAUACAAAUCAUAUUUGCAUGUAAGCAAAGUCAAAAUGAAAAUAACUUUGAAAAACCUUCAACAACAAACUUUCCAAGUCGAUAUCGAACCUACCAAAACUGUAAAAGAGUUAAAGGAGAAAAUAAAUUCCGUCAAGGGAAAUGAUUACCCCGCAGAAAACCAGAGGCUUAUUUAUGCUGGUAAAAUACUUACAGAUGAGACACCUGUAUCGGAGUAUAAUAUUGAUGAAAAAAAAUUUAUUGUGGUAAUGGUUUCUAAACCUAAACUUGUACCUCCAGUCCAUUCUGGACCUAGCGAUCCAACAGAAGCUUCUGGAGAUGAAGUCAAACCCCCUGUAGUUACUCCUCCUAAUCCUCCUCCUUCACAGCAGUCAACACCACAACCAGCUCCGUUAUCACAGGCCGAAUCCGCCCUACUGAUGGGUGAUGAGUACAACUCGAUGGUUCAAAACAUUGUUGAUAUGGGGUAUGAAAGAAGUCAGGUUGAAGCUGCACUUAGAGCAAGUUUUAAUAAUCCUGAUAGAGCUGUUGAAUACCUCCUUACUGAAAUUCCUACUGAUCCUCUUGACCUCGGAGAUAGAGGAGUAGCUAGUGAAAGAACAGAUCCUGUGUAUUCAAGAGUUGAAGAUCCUCUUGGAUUUCUUAGGUCUCAACCUCAGUUUCAGCAGAUGAGAGCAGUAGUUCAACAAAAUCCAGAACUUCUUAACACAGUUUUACAACAGAUCGGCCAAUCAAAUCCAGCUUUGCUUCAAUUAAUUUCUCAGCAUCAAGAAGAGUUUGUUAGGAUGCUUAAUGAGCCUGCUGACGGAAAUGGCGGUGGCGGAGGUGGAGGUGGUGUUGGAAGUGGAAAUGUAACUAUGCCCAACACAGUUCCAGUAACACCUCAAGAUAAAGAAGCAAUUGAGAGGCUGAAAGCCCUUGGUUUUCCUGAACAUUUAGUAGUUCAAGCAUAUUUUGCUUGUGAAAAAAAUGAAAACCUGGCAGCUAAUUUUCUCCUGUCGCAGAAUCUUGAUGAUUAAUUUCUUUUGUUUCAGUUACGUGUAUUUUAGUAUGUUUCAUUUUUUUUAAAUUUUAUUUAAGGAGGGCUAAUAAAAAGUCAUCAAAAAUAAUUUGGUUUAUUUAAAUGGUUAUAUAUAUUUCAUAGACACUGUAAAAAUUAAAAAAAGAAGCAGAAGCUAAUUGCUUAGUAUUGUUGUUUGUUUUUUUUUAUUUUCCAUUUCUGUACUACAUUUUCAAUGAAUAAUGAUGUACAUAAUGGCAAGUAUGUAAACAUGUUGACUUUAUUAAGUUUUGUUUAAUAUACAUUCAGUUUUUGAAUUUUAUAUUGUAUCAUAUUCAUUACAAUUAUAAGUUUGGUGUUAACUUGAUAAUAUAAAAAAUUGUUCAGAUAGUUAUAUAUGUACAUUAUUUAGUACAGAUGCCCUUCAUACAAAGGACUGAAGAAUAAUAAAACUAACAACUAAUUCUUGCCCAUUGAAGAUAAAUAUACAUUAUAAUCAAUUAUGGUUGUUAUUUUUAUUAAGUAUUUAUUUAAUAAAUUUUGCUGAUCUGAA